GCAUGCGCAGGUGCACCGCCCCCCACUCGGACUGGGCGGGCGAGGCCGAGAGCGGCGAGCGGCCGGGGUGUCUCUGCCACCGGAGCCCCCUGGACAGCUGUUCACGAAUGACAGACGGGGCCCGAGACGCUGGCCUGCGGUGGGGGUGCGGGAAGGGGUGUUUGUUUGGAAAGGGGCUGGACAGACCCCAGGAUUCCAGAUGGGAGGCUGCAGGGACUUCCAGGGCGGCCAAAGAAGCGGCCUUUGUUUAUGUAUCCUGGGUCUUAUGAUAAAUGAACCUUUUCAAACACACGGGGAAGUCGGGCGCCUGGACACAGCACGCCUCCACCUAGGACGGUAACCUUCCCCUCUGCUGACCGGUCUGCCGCUCUCUGUGGUUUAUGAUAAACCGUGUGAAGUCACCUGCAGGAGUGACAGCGCCGUGCAAGUCCCCCGUCUUCUGAGAGAGCGGCAGUCCUACAGCUGCAGUCAUUACGGCGUCUGGGAAAAUGAUCAGCCAUUCCCGCACGCCACUGCCGUACAUGGGCUGCAUCGAGGUCCUCCGCUCCAUGCGCUCCCUGGACUUUAACACGCGCACGCAGGUGACCAGGGAAGCCAUCAACCGGCUCCAUGAGGCCGUGCCUGGUGUCCGGGGAUCCUGGAAGAAAAAGGCCCCCAACAAGGCCCUGGCAUCCGUCCUGGGCAAGAGCAACCUUCGCUUUGCCGGCAUGAGCAUCUCCAUCCACAUCUCCACCGACGGCCUCAGCCUCUCUGUGCCUGCCACGCGCCAGGUCAUCGCCAACCACCACAUGCCGUCCAUCUCCUUCGCAUCGGGCGGAGACACGGACAUGACGGAUUACGUGGCCUACGUCGCCAAGGACCCCAUCAACCAGAGAGCCUGCCACAUCCUGGAAUGCUGUGAGGGCCUGGCGCAGAGCAUCAUCAGCACCGUGGGCCAAGCCUUUGAGCUGCGCUUCAAGCAGUACCUGCACAGCCCACCCAAGGUGGCGCUGCCCCCAGAAAGGCCGGCGGGGCCAGAGGAGUCGGCCUGGGGGGACGAGGAGGAGGCUUUGGAUCACAAUUACUACAACAGCAUCCCGGGGAAGGAGCCGCCGCUGGGCGGGCUGGUGGACUCCAGGCUGGCCCUGACACAGCCCUGCGCCCUCACGGCCCUCAGCCAGGGCCCAUCUCCUUCUCUAAGAGAUGCCCGCAGCCUGCCAUGGGACGUGGGGUCCACCGGUACAGCUCCACCAGGGGACGGCUACGUGCAGGCGGACGCCCGGGGCCCCCCGGACCACGAGGAGCACCUGUAUGUCAACACCCAGGGUCUGGACGCCCCCGAGCCAGAGGACAGCCCCAAAAAGGAUCUGUUUGACAUGCGACCCUUUGAGGAUGCCCUGAAGUUGCAUGAGUGCUCAGUGGCGGCAGGCGUGACAGCAGCCCCCCUUCCCUUGGAGGACCAGUGGCCCAGCCCCCCUACCCGCCGGGCCCCCGUGGCCCCCACGGAGGAACAGCUGCGUCAGGAGCCCUGGUACCAUGGCCGCAUGAGCCGUCGGGCGGCAGAGAGGAUGCUUCGAGCUGACGGGGACUUCCUUGUGCGAGACAGCGUCACCAACCCCGGGCAGUAUGUCCUCACCGGCAUGCACGCCGGGCAGCCCAAGCACCUGCUGCUCGUGGACCCCGAGGGCGUGGUACGGACGAAGGACGUGCUGUUUGAGAGCAUCAGCCACCUGAUCGACCAUCACCUGCAGAAUGGGCAGCCCAUCGUGGCCGCCGAGAGUGAGCUGCACCUGCGCGGUGUGGUCUCACGGGAGCCCUGAGCCAGGUGACCGUUCUCAGCCCCCGCUCCUGCCCGUCGUGGCCUUGGGGCUCUCAGCCCUCCUGCUGGAUCCUGGUCAGGCCGAACUGCCGCUGCCUCUCCUUCCUCCGCAUGAGCCUCUGGCAUAGCCCUUCCUCCAACUGGCCCUGGGCUAGGCCGAGCCUCCUCCCGCCGGGGCCCCUGCCCACCCACUCCUUUGCCUGGAGUGGGCAGUUCAUACCAAAGACGGAACCGUUUCGCCUUUAAAGAGAAUAUAUCCAGAAGCAGCCGCUGCCCCGGAGCCCUGGCCUGUGGGUCCCCCUCUCGCCUGGCUGGUUCAGUCUAACACCCCGGAGAGUCAGGGCUCCCAGCACCCUGGGGAGGAGGCGGAUUCCGGGCCUGGCUGGGCUUACUUUUCCCACCUGAGGAACUGGGUGCACAGUUGUCUUUGAGGGGGGACGGUUAAGGUGCUUUGGGGUUCUCAGGCCAGGACACCUGCUGGCGCUGAAGUGGAGGCAGCCUCGAGGUCACCUGGGAUUUUGGGGUAGCCAGGCUGCUCCGAGACAGUGGGUAUCGAGGCAGUCGUGAGGCCCCUACUCCACUUGGGAGCAGGGGAAGGACGUGGUUGCCCAGCCUGGGCUGCGCCCGGUAGCUUCCCCGCAAUCCCGCCCUCGCAGCUGUGGACCUAGACCGGUUGUUCAGAUGGGUUUGUAAUUAAACCUGGGAAUGGCCACAAGAGCACAAGCCCACCUGCAUAUCUGGGGGCCCUCGCGGGGCUGGGGCUGGGACUAGUCUCCCAGGUGGAGAGCUGAUGAGGGGCUCAGAGGGACCACAUUUGGCCUCCCUAAGGGCCUGGACUUGGAGAGACGGAAGGCGGGGCUGUGCGUGUGCCCAUACCUGCCAGAUUGUGGGGUGACCCCUCUGCCCAGCAGCCCCCGCAUCUCUCUGGUUACCUCUAUUUUAUCCAGGUUAAAACACACUGCAACUUCUCCAUUAAACACUUCUCUCACCUC